GUCUCCGUCUUACACACGUAUGACAUAGACAAAACGCGUUUACGCAGUCUGAGUAGAAAUUGCUCGAAUUUGGUGUUAGAAUAAAAACAUCUAUAGCAAAAUUCAAAGAUGAAAAUAUUUUAGAGGGCAAGAAGGUGAGUUUUUUAAAAAAAUUAAAAUUUUGAAAAGUUAAAGGUAUUUUAAAAAUGUUGAUAUUUUUGCUAUUUCUAAACGAUAUAAUGAACGGUUAUAGGGGUAUAAUGGAAAAAACUCAACGACUUUCCCUUAGAAAUAUUGUUACAAUCUAAUUUUAUAACAGGUAUUUUAACUCUAGAACCAAAAUUGAGUGAUUUAUACUUAGACUGCAUAAACGCGUUUUGUCUAUCCCUAUCGUACCUAGGUACUAUACUACUAUACGUGUGUAAAACGGAGAUGCAACUUUCGGGUUUGACGUCCUCUUAAACAUAACUAUUUAAUUAUCGUACCUAUAGUUCUUUUAUACGGUUAGGGUGAAUAACUUUUAAUUAAUUCAAACUGUGUUUACUCAUCGAUGUUUUUGAGAUAAUUAAUAUAUUAUUUUCAAAAAUUGUCACAGACCACGAAUUUAUGAAUGCAGUAGCUGUAUUAUUACAUUAUUACAGAAUCCAUAUAAUAUGUUUUUCAUUUAUGCGUAUCGUAACUAUUAAAUUAAAUAACCAAUGCAAACGGUUAAAAGGAUUCUCCGUAUAAAAACUGAGAUCUUGAAUAGUCAAGAUAUAAUAAAUAAAUUGAUAAAAUAACGCAUUUUGAAAUAAACAUUCAAAGUUUAAACUUUAAGAAGACGUAACAUGGACAUUAAUUGAUUUCUCCGUCUUACAGGGCGUUUCUUACGAAAAAGCACAGUCUAUGCAAUUGGACAAUGUGUUUCCUCAAGUACAGAUGUACGAAGAACCUCUACUUUUACAUGAAGGUAAAAUGCAAUGGUUGUUCGAUCACAAAGGCAAGCGGUACUUGGACAUGUUUGGAGGCAUAGCGACCGUUAGCGUAGGUCACUGUCAUCCACGAAUUACUGAAGCAAUCGCCGAGCAGUCAGGUAUUUUGGGUCACGUGUCCGGAGCGUACGAGCAUCCGAAAAUGUAUGAGUACGUGGAAGCGCUUGUAUCAAAAAUGCCAGGAGAUCUAAAGACUGUGUACCUGGUAAACAGCGGUUCUGAAGCCAACGAACUAGCGAUGCAGCUGGUUCGACUGCAUACCGGAAACCAGGACGUGCUAUCCAUUCAGAACUGUUACCACGGUGUGUCCGGAAAUUUACAUGGGCUGACAGCAUUGGCGUCUGUCAAGUACAACAACAUGUCUGCUGGCAAUUUCAUUCACCACGCGAUGUGCCCGGACGUGUUCAAAGGUAUCUGGGGCGGGAAGAAGUGCAGGGACUCUCCGGUGCAGACGCAGCGAUCAUGCGAAUGUGACCGGGUUCGUUGUCACGCAGCCGACAAGUACUAUGAACAGCUAGAGGAUAUUUUCUCGUAUUCGAUACCCCGUGGCAAGGUGGCCGGGUUUUUUGCAGAGUCCAUUCAGGGCGUCGGUGGAAUCGUCCAAUUCCCGAGGGGUUAUUUAAAAAGAGUCUACGAGUUGAUCAGAAGCAACGGUGGUCUGUGCGUGGCCGACGAAGUGCAGACGGGCUUCGGUAGAACUGGUGAACACUUUUGGAACUUUCAAUCACACGGUGUCACACCGGACAUUGUGACAAUGGCCAAAGGCAUCGGGAACGGUUUUCCUAUGGCCGCUGUCGUGACGACGCCCGCGAUUGCGCGGUCAUUGAAUUCGGGUUUUCAUUUCAACACGUUCGGCGGCAAUCCUGUUUCGUGUGCCGUAGGUGUGUCGGUGUUAAAGGUAAUCGACGAAGAAGGUUUGCAGAAAAACUGUUUGGACGUGGGAACAUAUUUCCUAGAAAAGUUGUGCGGCAUGAGACGUGAGUGGAAAAUAAUCGGUGACGUACGAGGCAAAGGACUGAUGAUCGGUGUGGAGUUGAUAGACGGCGAUCAAGACGAUAGCGACAAGGGCAUAAUUAAUCCACUAAAUUGCAGAGCUAUUUCCCGUAUUAAAAACGAUUGCUUAAAAAUGGGACUUUUAUUUGGGGUCGGCGGAGUUCGAUCAAAUGUACUGCGCUUUAUGCCUCCUAUGUGUGUAACGAAAGCUGACGUGGAUUUCACUAUUGCAGUUUUGAGACGAGCUAUGCAAAAUUAUUACGAAGCUAAAUACCGUAAUAAUCUUUAAAUAUAUUUUUAUUUGUAUAAAACUAAAAUGCAUUUCAAUACAUUGUGCUUAAAAUAUGUUAUAGGCUUAUAUAGCGUAACUUUUCUUACUCUUUAAUAUUAUGUUGACAACAUUAAUUGAUUAGGUACUUACCUAUUUAUUAAAAUGUAUUGCUUUAUAUUUAUUAUUAUAAUAAUUUUUAUAUACAUUUAUAUUAUACUAUAGGUGAUUAUCACGAAACACUUUAUUUCAAAAACAAUAAAAUUAACGUUUUAGAAAAUA